AUGACUGAAGAAGGCGUCGGACUUCCUCUGGUGAUGCCAGUAACACCAUACGAUGACCUUCACUUCGAUCCAGAGGGCCAAAUCAUCAUCGAGAUGAUGACCAACGAUGAAGUUUCCACAGCAAUUACCGUGGACAAGAUAGUCGCCCUUACCUCCACCUUGGCCGAAACUUCUUCUAAAAUCGAUUUAGAUCAACAUACUUCGAAUGUCACGCUCACGAUUCUCGCUUUAUCAAUGCGCGUACCGCAUGAUAAACAGUCCAAACUCGUUGACUUCUGUUUCCGCCUCCACCUGCAUACUAUCCCUGAUCCCAUUAAUGGUGGCGCCUUAUCGCUAUGGGGACUGGAUGGAGUUUUCUGGUCAAAAUGGCCGCAAUUAGAAUUCAUCGCGGCCAUGUAUGAUUUAACAGGCUUUCUUGGUGAAAUCCACGCCGGCGACUUCCAGAGUUACCAAAAUUACACGGCCUGGCGUGCUCAACUAUCCGAAUUAGGGUUCUCCCUCUGGAAAGAGGAACUAAGCCUCGCUUACAUGCACUUAAUGGCGGUGUUUAGUCACAACUAUGACCAUUCAGAAAGGAGAGAAUUCGUACGGCUGAUGUGUAUGUGGUUUAUUUAUGCCCCCAACAAGAUUUGGCUCGAUGUUCAGCUCCGCCGAAGGAGCCCGAAUACAAAUCUAGACAAAACAGAUGGAUUCCAACGCUGCUUCUGGCCAUGUUGGAAAAAAUUUUUGAAGGGCUGCCAAGAAUCAAAAGUCAACGAAGACGAAGAGGCGUUGUCUAAUGACGAGGGUGACAAUAUAGAGGUUGCGAGCGCACAAGAUGUCUUGGAUGAAGACACGCAGGAGCUCAUCAGGCGAGCGCUAGAAAAUAUGGAGAAGGUUGAGGCCGAACACGCGAUCCGCUGGGGCAAGCCAUCCAUUACGCAGAGAGCAACUGAUUAA